AUGGCCGCCUCUGCCUCCGUUCCCGCCCUUGAGCCUAAGAAGCUCAGCGGUCUCGACCUCUACUCUCGAUUCGCCUUUGCUGGUGCUGUCUGCUGCUCCGUCACUCACGGUGCUUUGACCCCUGUCGAUGUCGUUAAGACCCGUAUUCAGCUUGACCCCGUCACAUACAACCGCGGUCUUUUCGGUGGUAUCCGACAGGUCAUCCAAAACGAGGGUGCCGGCGCCCUCUUGACUGGUUUCGGUCCUACCGCUGCUGGUUACUUCCUCCAGGGUGCCUUCAAGUUUGGAGGUUACGAAUUCUUCAAGCAGCAAUGGAUUAACCAGCUCGGUUAUGAGACCGCCUCCAACAACCGAACUGCCAUCUACCUCGCCUCUUCCGCCACCGCUGAGUUCUUCGCUGAUAUCGCUCUCUGCCCUCUUGAGGCUACUCGUAUCCGUCUCGUCUCUGAGCCUACCUUCGCCAACGGUCUCCUCGGUGGUUUCUCCAAGAUCUUGAAGAAUGAGGGUGUCGGUGCUUUCUACUCUGGAUUCGGACCUAUCCUCUUCAAGCAAGUUCCCUACACCAUGGCCAAGUUCGUCGUCUACGAGAAGGUCUCUGAGGCUAUCUACGGAGUUGUUGACAAGAACACCCUUUCCGACGGUGGCAAGACUGCUGUCAACCUUGGAUCUGGUCUCAUUGCUGGUUUCGCUGCCGCCAUCGUCUCUCAGCCUGCCGACACUAUGCUUUCCAAGAUUAACAAGACCAAGGGUCUCCCUGGUGAGGGCACUAUGACUCGUCUCUUCAAGAUUGGAAAGGAGCUCGGUCUCCGCGGCUCUUACUCUGGUAUUGGUGCUCGUUUGUUCAUGGUUGGUACUUUGACCGCUGGUCAAUUCGCCAUUUACGGAGACAUCAAGCGUUUGAUUGGUGCCACCGGUGGUGUUGAGAUUGCCCCUGCCAAAUAA